ACGAAGAUGUGCCCAAGUACAGAGAUGCACAACUGGUGGGCAGCGAGGUUGUUGGCGAGACAGCGGGACAGACGAAGCGGUGACGCUGCUGACGUAGCAGAGAUUGACGGCGGCACUGGAGCUACUCUGAACAAUUUAAAAGAAAGCAUAAACGUCAAAUUUCACCCGAUAACGCUCAAAGAUGAACACAAGACGAUGCUGCACUACCACAUAAACGAGACAAUGCCCUAUAGCGCCCUUUUCACGGCACUCGAAAACCUCAAAGCAACAUAUCCAAAUCUUAUAGAAGACUAUUCAGCAACAGAAACUACUCUAGAAGAAGUGUUCUUGUCCUUUGCACAUGACAAUCAGUUCUCUAACUCACCGAGCCCUGUAUAGGAAUAUUCUCUUGGUUGUAAGAAAGGAAUAUUCUACAGAGAAAAGGAAUUGCAAUAAUUGAUAAUGCACCUUAUUUAGCACAUUAUAUUUAUUUUGGCGUAUCGAAGCUCCGUAAAAUAUCAUGAUACGCUUAUGCGACACUCAGAAAAAUGAUGGCAAACAUUACAGUGUAUGCCCCCGAUACGAAGAGAUAUUAUGUGUCUAUUUCAGUUGAAAAAUAUAUACGAUAAAAAUUCAUGAACUAAGAAUAACUUUAACCAAUGUUUGUAUAUGUUUUUCUUGGAAAGUUAAACAUAUUUAUAAUUGACGGGAGCAAUCUUAAUUGACCAGCUGACUUUUUUUACAAACAAUCUGACACUGACUCCUCGUCAAUAAAAAAUCUUUCACAUCGAGAGUUCGUUCUAAGUUGGUCAAUCUGCUCUGUGUCAAUCACUUGCACGUUGUUUAAGUGCCUAUAUUACCUCAAGUGGCUUUGGUUGAUCCGCAUAACAGUGAAAGGGUCGAAUAAAUCACUUUGGAAAAAAUAUAUAAUGAAAUUGAUGAUAUGCACUGAUUACAAUAUGGUGAAAAAACACGAUCAACAAAAAAUUUUCACGAUAGAGAAAAAAACAAACUUACCUCGAAAUUUUACAACAAAAAAAGGUUCAAUAAGCAAUGCCGAGGCGAUUGUCGCCUAUGUGGAACGGCGAUAAUCGCGAAUGUUUGCAUGAAGAAACUUUUUUAUAUUCUUUCUAAAAUCGUAUCUUCGAGACGAAAAACUCUCCGUCUAAAUGACCCAUAAUGAACAAAACAAAAGAUAUUUUAUCAAAUAAUAGUAGUUUAUGUGACUGUUAUAUUUAAAAGGCAUUAAAAUACGAGUAAGGGUUUCAUCUCACGAGUGUUUUAAAUGUCUAAUUAUGUAUAGUUACACAUACACUGCUUUAUCUACACACAUAAGCUCUGUGUGAUGUGUUCAGGAACCGCAUGUUA